AUGUCCCGCUCGUCAUCCCGCACAGGUAGGUCGCUGCCUAAUAUUGCGCAGACUCGAGGCGGUGGCCUCGGCACGCCGCGAGGCGAGAACACGAACCUGGGUCUCCGGAGUUGGGAAACGCCUGGGAUAGAUGGGUCCUCGACACCCGUGAUGGACAAGGACGGCCUUGGGUGGCCUGCCAAGUCGACACUGAAUCGACUCAACUACACUCCGCAACAGGCGGCUGCGAACCAGGUGCGGCUCGCCAAGGCUGUAGAAACAAUUCUCGAGUGUCUAGGGGAGGAUCCGAAUCGACCAGGCCUGAAGGACACGCCGAAACGAUACGCCAAGGCUCUACUGUAUCUUACCAGAGGAUACGAGGAGAAGCUGAGCGACGUCAUCAGCAAUGCCAUCUUUGAUGAGGAGCACGAUGAAAUGGUCAUUGUCAAGGACAUUGAAAUCUUCAGUCUUUGCGAGCACCACAUGGUCCCCUUUAUGGGAAAGAUUCACAUUGGCUACAUUCCGAAUCGGCUGGUGAUCGGUCUCUCCAAGCUGGCGCGCAUAGCGGAGACCUUCUCACGCCGGUUGCAAGUCCAAGAGCGGCUCACGAAGCAGGUAGCGCUAGCACUGGACGAAGCGAUCGCGCCGCAAGGCGUGGCUGUCGUCAUGGAGGCGGAGCACAUGUGCAUGGCCAUGCGUGGCGUGCAGAAACCGGGUGCCAAGACGAUGACCAGUUGCAUGCUCGGCGUCUUCCGAGAUCGCGCCAAGACGCGGGAGGAAUUUUUGAGUUUGAUCAACCGGCCGUAA